UCUUGCAAUUGAAGGUACCUUUUAAUCUUGGGCUUCUCUCUUUGGUUUUUCUCCAUCAAAAUCAAAGUCCCAUUUGCCAACUUGUCUUGCUCCUAGAGUGGUGAGGUUUGGGGAAAACGAGAUUUAGAAGAAACCCUAUAACAACUACGGUCUUUGCUUUAAUGGGUCGCGAAUCUGUGGCUGCUCUGUCCUCGCCGCCGACGGCGACUGCUACGGGUACUGCUGCGGCGGCGACGUCGCUUGCUCCGGGCUUCCGAUUUCAUCCGACUGAUGAGGAACUCGUGAGCUAUUACUUGAAGCGGAAGGUUCAGAACAAACCCGUACGCUUCGAUGCGAUUGGGGAGGUCGAUAUCUACAAGCAUGAGCCCUGGGAUUUAGCAGUGUUUUCGAGGUUGAAGACGAGGGACCAAGAGUGGUACUUCUUCAGCGCGUUAGAUAAGAAGUAUGGGAACGGUGCUAGAAUGAACCGAGCAACUAACAAAGGAUACUGGAAAGCAACAGGAAAGGACAGAGAAAUCCGCCGUGACAUUCAGUUGCUCGGUAUGAAAAAGACGCUUGUUUUCCACAGCGGGCGUGCCCCAGACGGGCUCCGGACCAAUUGGGUCAUGCACGAGUAUCGCCUCGUGGAAUAUGAAACCGAGAAAAAUGGAAACCUGGUGCAAGAUGCGUAUGUGUUGUGCAGAGUGUUCCACAAGAAUAACAUUGGGCCACCAAGUGGGAACAGAUAUGCGCCGUUCAUGGAAGAGGAAUGGGCUGAUGAUGAAGGAGCUCUGAUCCCUGGAGUGGACGUUAGGGCCAGGGUUGAACCAUUACGACUUGCCAAUGGAAACAAUCACAUGGACGAGGAAACCCAGCCAGGAACCAAGGACCUCAUUAACAUCAACGAGCCACCAAAUGAGACUACUCCAAUGGACCAUCAGAAUCAUGAUGAGAAUAACCAAUGUAAUGAAGGUGAGGAAGCACCCAAACGUGAGCACGCAGAUGAAGAGGAUCGUCCUCCUCCUUUAUGCGUUCUCAACAAAGAAGCUCCGCUACCUCUACUCCAAUACAAACGCAGACGCCAGAACGAGUCUAACAACAACUCAAGCAUGACCACACUGGAACACUGUUCGUCCACAACAACAACCGUCGACAACACACCAACCUUGGUCUCAUCAUCUGCUGCUGCUGCCACCAACACGGCCAUCUCUGCAUUGCUUGAGUUCUCUCUCAUGGGUAUCUCCGACAAGAAAGAAAACCCGCAGCAGCCAUUAUUACGUCCUCACAAGGAAGCUUCUCCUCCUACUCCACUUGCAUCUCCAGAAGAGAAGCUCAAUGAUCUCCAGAAAGAGAUUCAUCAGAUGUCUGUUGAGAGAGAAACUUUCAAGCUUGAGAUGAUGAGUGCAGAGGCUAUGAUCAGCAUUCUCCAGUCAAGGAUCGAUGCACUGCGCCAGGAGAACGAUGAGCUGAGGAAGAACAACGCCAAGGGACAAGAAAUGCUCUAAAACCAUCUCUCCAGAUUUCUUCUUCUUCUUUGCCUUUUAGAGCUGUAAUCUCCCCCCAGUAUUAUGAGCUUUCUAGUUUCUAUGUAGCUUCUUCGAUUGAAAACCGGUCCCGGUGCUUUCUUAUCUUUCCUUUUUUUUUUCUGAUGUUUAUGCAUCUUUUGAAAUCAAUUUCAGGUUGCUCCAUUGUCAUAUAUUGUCAUCUAGUCUUUCUGUCGUAUAUUGUCAUCUAGUCUUUCUGUCAAGAACACUAUUUAAUUUGUCUAAGGAAUGUUCAAUC